AUGCCCGAGCCCAUCACCUUCAGCGUCUGUGCAAGCCAAACACCCAUGGAGAAGUAUGCUCAACGCAUGACGUCUGCGGUUUUGGAUGACUCUGUACUUCCUGAAACUCUUGUUGAGUCGUUUGAUUCUUUCGCUCUCUCUGUGAAGAAUCGUGCUGUCCAGUGUGAGCUGCUUACUUUGCCUCCUGACGUCCUUGAUUCGCGUUCCUCUUUCGAAUUUGUGGAUUCUACUGUCUGUGAAACUCGCUACGCAUUUUCGGCUUCGCACUCUGUUGCCUGUCAAGCUACACGUCCUUCUCUUUUGUCGUUCUUGGAGUUUGACAAGUCGUCUGGCUUUGCUGAUGUUUCGCUUUUAUCUGAGUACUUUACCUCCUCGGACGUCAUACGCGAAUUCUUCUUUACUAUUUCGGAUGACCAUGAGCUUUCUGAAUACCUUUCUUCAAUGGGUGUUGGUCGGCUGAAUGUGGAGCGAUACAGUUGUCUUGUUGAUCGUGGCUUUAUUGCGGAAUUUUCAUCUCAGGCUGUUCCCGAUUCGAUCACUGCUGCUGAUGUUUGUACACAAUGGCCUGGGGAAAUCGUUGAGCGUGAGGAAUUCAAUGAAACACUUUACGUUGUCGACUCUUUCUCUUCAGAUGAUGAGGACCUUUACGGUCGCCGUCUGCAUCGGGGCCAGAUUUCUGAAGCAGCUUGUCAGGUUCAAUCAGACGUUGUAAGUCCAGAACUUGGAGCGGAGACUGGAAUGCAACAGGAAAGUCUCCUUUUCAGUGAUUAUCAUCAACUUGACUUCACCAGCGAAACGAAGUCAAUAAGGCAAAUAACCACCUAUGACAUUGCUCAAUGCCAGACACCGAAAGCAGCAGUUUCUGAAAGCACCCUCUACUUGGAGGACAUUAUUCGCACUGAAUCCACUCGGGCGAGCCAGACGAUUGACGACGUUGAGCAGAUGAGGAUAAAGUAUAAACGAACAGAUGAAGAGGAUCGCUAUAGGCCAUGUCUGCAUGACUUGGAUGUAACUACCUACUUCUUUGAUGAGGAUAUACUCGAGGAGGAAUACAGACUGAGAUUGCAGCACAGCUCACCUGCCAUGAUGUCCUCACUUCCUGCGGAUCGCAUGGAUGUCCACAUACGCCAACAGGUUCUUGACUACGAGCUUUGUCAAAUGGUGAGUCAUCUGGACUGCAGACGAUGGAACGACAUCCGUGAGGUGGCAAGUCCCAUCACAGGCCUAUUCGCGCCAGUCAAUAUUGCGAUUCGUCGCGGAUGGAUCCAAAUGGGUAAUCGCAAUGAAUACAUCGACCCAUCCACAGGCCACCAUAUUCCACUAGAGACUGCCCUUGCCCAGGGACGUCUACGUAUGGCCAACACAAGAAGCGCCUCGACCAGGGGACCGACAGAACCGUCACUCAUGUUCAUCGAACGAGAAUCUUACAGCUGGUAUCGAGCAGAAGCAACACACGUCGUGAAUACAAGAACGCACGAAAAACUGACUAUCAGUCAAGCCAGAUCAGAGGGGCUUAUAAAACAAGAGGAGGAUGAGUCGGUGUGGAUCCAGGACACACGCAACUCUCGGUGGCUGUCAGUAGACGAAGCCGUUGCAUCAGAAAUCCUCUUUGUGGAGAACAUGCAGAAAAUCGAAUACAAUGAAGAAGUGGAGCAUUUCGAGCACACUGAAAGCACUGUGAGGGCAUACCACGUAGACGCCAUUAAGCCUGGCGGUGAGCCAUGCGAAUGGUUAAGAACAGAUGACGCAGUAAGACUAGGCUUCUUCAAUCCACAGACCGCUCGUCAAGCUGGCUGGAUUCAAAUGAGGCCGGAGCUGAACGCUCGACGUUGGGUCCCUCUAACUAGGCCGGGUACAAGCAACGCAAAUCGUCGUCUUAUUGCUUCAACUAUCAAGCCAAUCUACAGCGACUGCGAGACUAUUCAAACGGAAAUGGCCUACCAUUACGAAUUCUCUAGUCACAGAGAGAGUCAGUACAUGUCAACUCAACACAACCAUCACCAACACGCAUCGGAAAUAGGCUACUACCAGACGAAUGGAUUAGAACAUGAGUAUGAAGAGCUGGACUACGAAGGGUAUCAUGAAUCUCAGUACUAUCAGAGCCUCCAGCACAUACAGCCCCCAGAGGUGUCGCGAGUUUUGACCAGGGAAUUUGACUAUCAUGAGUCUUCAGAAACGACUGAAACAGUUCAAACAUUCGCAAGCAGACGAGACCGGUGUGACUAA